UAAAUUCCUAGUGUUCACCAAAUUCCUCGGCGCUCUCUCACUCUCCAUUAAGGCCAGGACUCCGGGGGUGGGGAAAUAGCGCCCUGGUUUCCCUGUCUCAGGAUCCCCUGUGGUCGCUUCCACAACUCUGCGAAGGGGAAGCUGUGAGACCAAGCUGCCAGAUCCCCACUCGAACCCCCGACACACGAAGUGGCAGCUCCAUACCCUUUAAAGACCCUUGAGUUCCAGUGUCUCUCUCUCUCUCUCUUUCUCCCUCACCUCCUCCACCCCCCCUCUAAACAUGUCCACUGGCUCCCUCAGCGAUGUAGAAGACCUUCAAGAAGUGGAGAUGCUGGAAUGUGACUCCCUGAAAGUGGACUCCAACAAGGAGUUUGUGACUUCCAACGAGAGCACGGAGGAGGGCUCCAACUGCGAGAACGGGUCUCCACAGAAGGGUCGCGGCGGCCUGGGCAAGAGGAGGAAGGCGCCCACCAAGAAGAGCCCGUUGAGCGGGGUCAGCCAGGAGGGGAAGCAGGUCCAGCGCAACGCUGCCAACGCGCGCGAGCGGGCCCGCAUGCGGGUGCUGAGCAAGGCCUUCUCCAGGCUCAAGACCACCCUGCCCUGGGUGCCCCCGGACACCAAGCUCUCCAAGCUGGACACGCUCAGGUUGGCGUCCAGCUACAUCGCGCACUUGAGGCAGAUCCUGGCCAACGACAAGUACGAGAACGGUUACAUUCACCCAGUCAACCUGACGUGGCCCUUUAUGGUGGCCGGCAAGCCCGAGAGUGACUUGAAGGAAGUGGUGACCGCGAGCCGCUUGUGUGGAACCACCGCGUCCUGACCUUGGAGGUGCGAGUCUGGGAACCGUGCGCUCCGGGGGCAGUGGGCCAGCGAGGGCGACGACCCCUGCCCUCCCCUCCCUCCCCUCCCCGUCUCCGCUGCAAGCCUUGCGUCGCUCCUCUCCCCAUCCCACCCCGCGAGAACACUUAACCGCGACGAGGAGAUUCGUUUCCAAACCAAAGGAGACCAACUGUACUUACAGAUUCCCAUCUAUUUAACUUUAUUAACUUCUGCCAUGGAUGACUGCGAGCCUGGCUGGUCCAAGUGCAAUAUGUAAUUAUAUAUAUAUUAUAUAUAUAUAAAUAGAUAAUAAGAGCCUAUCAAUGUGUAUCUUUUGUACAAUAUGUUGUAAAAUGUAGAUCAUAGAAUAGCUGACUUUGACAGUCACAUUUUAUAAAGUAAGUCACUCAAAGAAAUAUAUAUUUUUUUCAAACAGGUUUUGCUACUUUCGGAAAUAAAUCUUUCUUUAUAUUGCUAAAAAGCCUAGGCAUUUGGUGUGAUUUCUUUUAAAAAUCUGUGAAGAACAGUGGAAAGUAUGUGAAUGUUUAAUGGUUUUUAAAGGUGGUUAUUUAAUCCAAACUUCUAAUAAAAGAUUAACUCUAUUCCCACUAGGAAAAGAGAAGCCGUGUUUCCUACCGAAAAUUUUUAAGAGUUCUUCUUCCCACUAAAAAACAUUAUAACUGU